CUCUCACCCACCGACUUUACUCAUCUGUAACUGUGCCGAAGAAGCCAUCUCUUUAACACUCAACCACUCGCACAGAUCUCAACCUUGUCUUCUCUCUGCACAAAGCUCUCUAUACGAUUAGUCACACCCAUCAUUCAAGUAGAUUUGCAAAUCUCAUACCUAUACUAGGUCUUCUUUAUCUUCAAGCAAACAAGCCCCUUUCUCUAUAAAAUGGCCCCAAUCCGUGCUGGUAAAAGCCAUAAGCGAUCGAAGAAGAACACCACGGAGAAGGUUGGGGCAAACGUUGUGAGGUGCGGAAGAUGGGUUCUCCGACAGACGAAAAUUUGAAAAGCUAGAGCCCAAAUUUUUUCUCCAAAGACGCCUCCAAGACAAGUUCCAAGUCAGGUUUCAGUCAAGAAGAAGAAGCAUUCAUCUUCUCCCUUCCCUUCAGAACAGUCGUGCACCGGCGAGAAUAGCAUACCAGUGGGUAGAAUGGCUGAUGAUUUGUCGGAUAUUGGGAUGUGGGGGUACUCCACUGUGGAGACUUUCAUAAAUAUAAUGCUUGAUGAGGUGAAGAAAGAGGGACAAACUAGUAGCAACAAAGAUAGAAACUUGACGGCUAGGCAGUGGACAUCCAUUGAGGGAGAGAUGACAGUGAGGUUGAGGAGGAGGGGAUAUACUACGAAAAAAUUGCAGGGCAAAUUUGCGCGUUUGAAGAAGGCAUAUAAGGCAUUUGUGGCACUAAAAGUCAAGCAAACAGGGCUAGGAUGGGAUGAGGCUACUGGAACAGUCACAAUGUCAGACACUGAUUGGCAACUUUACCUUCAGGCACACCCUGAUGCUAAGCCUUUCCGAACCAAAGGACUUGAACAUUAUAACCUUCUUGCUGAAUUGUUGGGCAACACUAUGGCGACUGGAGCAUAUGCGCCAGAUUCAACUGUAGGGCCCAUAACGACGGAUGAUGAGGAUGAGAUGGAGGCACUCAUGCAUAGGAUGAGGAAAGGGAAAGGGCUGCAAGGUGAUACCUCUUCAGGUUCUAAGGGCAAAAGAAAGUCAGAUGAUGGGCAAAGUUGUGGUAGGAGUCAUCCUAGCAAGAUGGUUAGGAAGGAGCAUGCAUAUGAGCAAAUAGCAUUCUGUAAGAAAGCUAAAGGAGAGUGGUACCAAACUGCUAAGAUUCAAAACACUGAACAAGUUGAUCCAAAGUCCGAACCUUCGGCCAUUGAGAUACUAAACUCAUUCAAGCCAUUUGUCGAACCAACUCAGUUUCUUAAGGCUUUCAACAGGCUUGCCGAGAACCUACAACUUAGGAAAUCAUUUGUUCAAUUGGAUCCUGACAUGAGGCGCUUUUGGGUCGAAACCCUUGAGUAGUGGUUGUUGCUUGACUAGGCAGUUGGAAGUCUUGUGUACCAGUUGGAAGUUUGUUGUAGGUUGAAGUUUCUGUUGGUUGUUGUUUUAAGUUUUAGUUGGAUGUCGUCUGUUGUAGGCUUCUUAUGUUUGCCUCUUUGUUUGUGCUAUUAUCCAGUUUUUAUGUUUUAGGUAGUAAGAAGGAUGCCACAAACUAUGUUAGUCCCUUUUCAUUCAAAGAAGUGGUUAGGUCAGUCGCUUUCUUGUUGUAGGAAAAUGCCAAUAGCAUGGUGAUUUUGUCAUUUCUUCCUCGUAUGACUUGAUGAAUUCCAGUUGGUUAUUAAUGCUCUACUAGUACUUGUGUGUUGAAUGCUUCUUUUUUGUGUGAAAAAUGGAUAUCCCUUGUCAUAUUUGUAAAAUCCUGAGAGAGGCAAAUAAUUAGCAUUGUAUUCAGUUUCAGUUUUUGUCCAUUGUCCAAACUUGAUUAAAAUGUGCAUUAUCAAAGAAACUGAGCUAUAGACUUUGAAUUCACCUGAUGUAGUUAAAUGGCUCACAUGACUCACCAAGUAAGAGAAACUGCAUAUUAAAUUUCAGUUGCAUAAUUA